AUCCAUUUAGGACAAAAUUUUUCCCUCUUUCUUUCGUUUCCUCUGUCUCUAUACGCACAAGGGAUUCUCCACGCACAGGCCCCUCGACUUCUCCUUCUCCAGCCCAGCCCUCAAUUCUACCCAUCUUUACCGCCGGCCACCACCGCUGCACCGCCCACUCCCGCCGGCCACUACCACCGCGACGCCAGUAUCACCCACGGCCACUCACGGACGAGGACGAGUUUCACGCCAAUGUCACCCACUCCGCUGGCUGCCGGCCUUUGUACUUGUCAUCAUGCCCAGUCUCGCCGGCUGCCGCCAUGCCGGUACCAUGUAGAAGGCCGAAUUUCCUUUUCAGGGGGACUGGUCAAUCUGUUUGAUGGAGUUGCUUUAUGUAUACUUAACCGAGCCAUGAAGAAACGUUACCUAUGGAAGCAUCCCAUCGGAGGAAACACGGUGGCAACGGUGGAGGACGAGGAGAAGGCAAUGGGAGAGGCUAUGGCUUCGCCUGAGUCGUCGCUCCAACCUCAAUCAGCAAGAGCUAAAGCGUUUUUGGGACACCCAAUUUGUAUUAUUUUUGACGAUUGAGACCUUAAGAAAUAUUUGUAUUAUUACUUUUGAUAUUUCUAUACAUACUAUUAAGUUGAUAGAUAUUAUAAUCUCUGUGAACUCUUUAGGUAAGGAAUGUUGUCGUAUUGGUAUUUUGAGAAUGUAAACAAUCU